AAUUUGAUGAGAUAUAUCAACAAGAAACAACAGAGCAAUUUAAACCUUCAAGCAAAAAAUUAAAAUCUGAAGAAAUUUCUGCUGGAAUUUUUGUAAAUAAUUUUAUUCGAUUGUUAGUUGCUUGUGACUUUUGUGGAAAGUAUUGUUGUAUAUAUUCUAAAACUAUAUUAAAUGAUAUUGAAAUAGAAGCUAUUAUUCAACAUUUUGAUAUUAUAAUAUAUAGUUGUGGAUCUUUUGCUAAUACUCUUUAUAUAUGUCUUAAUUUAACUUGCAAUUCACCAAUUGAGCAUAAUUACUAUUCUUGUAGACUUAAAGAUGUAGAUUUAUGUUUUUGGUGUGGUUCAGAAGAUGAAUUACUCGAAAUUCCUUCUGAAAUGCAAGAAAAUUGGAAAUCAAUUUAUCCACUUUGUGCAUUGUGUCAAAUUGAAGGAAAAAGCUGGGAAACUCGAUCUCCUAAAUC